UACCGCUAAAUCAAUCAUGCUCAUGCCUGUUGUUUUCCUAUGCUAACUUUGCAUUCGCUUUCCCAGACCUAGUCAGAUAUUAAAUGUGUAUAUAAUUGCAUCACAUUAAGGCUGUAAACUGGAAUUUCCAUUGUUUGUUUGAGUAAAGUUGAAGUCUUGAUGCUUGGGAGCGAUGUUGGUAGGGAAAAGUUUGCAUCUUUGUUGGGCUGUUGUGGUUUUCUGUUACUCGUUUUUGAGGUUGUCGGAGUCGCAGCGGGUGCCGCAGGAAGAAGUUGAUGUCUUCAAAGAGAUAGCCAACGAGUUGGGCGCAGUACACUGGAUGUUCGAUGCUGAUUUAUGUGAAUUGGAGAUGGGUGGGAUCUCACAAACUCCUCCACCGAACUCUGAUGGUUAUGUUGAAUGCAAUUGCAAUUAUGACAACAACACCGUCUGCCAUGUUACUACACUUGUGAUUAAGGGUUACAAUCUUCCUGGUGUUCUUCCAUUGUCGAUUGUAAAGCUUCAGUACCUUCAGCACGUUGAUCUUGCCUACAAUCUCCUAACUGGCACGAUUCCGAAAGAGUGGGCUUCAAUGCAACUUAAUUUUAUCUCUGUACUCGUAAACCGUUUAUCCGGACAAAUACCAAAGUAUCUGGCAAACUUUACUAGCCUUACAUACCUGAACCUCGAGGGAAACCAAUUCUCGGGGGGCAUUCCUCCUGACAUCGGAAGGAUGACAAAUUUAACAAAUCUGAUCUUAUCAUCGAACCCACUGACAGGGGAGCUACCGAAUUCACUUGCGAAUUUGAUGAAUUUAAAAGAUUUUAGGGUAAAUGACAACAAUCUAAGUGGACAAAUACCGGACUUUAUUAAGAACUGGAAGCAACUUACAAAUUUAGAAAUGUUUGCUAGCGGACUGGAGGGGCCCAUUCCCUUGAACAUAACUCUUCUUGAUAUGUUAGAAAAUCUGAGGAUUAGCGACCUAAAAGGACCGUCUCAGGAAUUUCCAUUGCUGAGGAGCACUACAGCCCUAACAUCAUUGAUAUUGAGAAACUGCAAAAUUACUGGUGAAAUUCCUGCAUAUAUAUGGAAGCUUAGACUUCUGGAUAUGCUGGACGUCAGUUUCAACAUGUUGGACGGCGUGAUUCCUAGCCACAUCGCUAGAAAUCUGAAAGUAGUGUUUGUGACCGGCAACAGGCUGAGUGGAAAGAUACCUGACACACUUUUGAAGGAUGGAGGCAAUAUUGACCUUUCCUACAACAAUUUUACUUUGGAAGGCCCUGAGGAACCUGCUUGUCGACUAGACAUGAAUCGAAACGUAAACUUGUUCAAAGGCUCAGCUGCAUCGAAUACAUUAAAACGAACUCUCCCAUGCAUAAAGGAUGUAGUCUGCCCCAGAUAUAAAUGUUCGUUACAAGUUAAUUGUGGUGGGAAUGACUUGCGUGUCAAAGAAACCGACAGAAAAGUUAUAUAUGAAGGUGAUGGUGGACUUGAUGCUGAAAGUUACUUAAGCACCAACUACUGGGGCUUUGUUAGCACCGGGGACUUCUUAGACGAACCUUCUUACCAGAAAUCACGUGCAGUCAACAUUCCUACGCCAAAUCUCACUGAUUUGUACAGUAGUGCCCGCCUUAGCCCUCUUUCACUUACGUAUUUCCAUUAUUGCUUGGAGAAUGGGGAAUAUAAUGUAAGCCUGCACUUUGCGGAGAUAAUUUUCACAGACAACAACAGCUCAUAUUACAGUCUGGGGAAGCGGAUGUUUGAUAUAUACAUUCAGGAGAAAUUAGUGCAUGAAAACUUCGACAUUGAAGAUGAGGCUCGUGGAGCUCAAAAAUCGGUGGUAAGAAAGUUUAGUACCAACGUGACUGAUAAUACAUUGGAGAUCCGGUUUUACUGGGCUGGAAAAGGGACUACCCGGAUUCCCAACAGAGGGGAUUAUGGUUCUCUUAUAUCAGCUAUCUCAGUUGAUCCAACUUUUAAAGUCUGUUCAGAUGGAAACAAGAAGCAUGUAACUGCAUAUGUAGUAGCUGCAGUUUUGACAGUGUUUGUUAUUCUCGCGAUAUUGGGAAUCCUUUGGUGGAAAGGUUACUUGACAGGUCGAAAACAUGGUAGAAAUGAUCUUGAAGGUCUAGAACUGCAAACAGUCAUCUUGACCCUCAAACAGAUUCGAACUGCCACUAACAAUUUUGAUGCUGCAAAUAAAAUUGGAGAAGGUGGUUUUGGUUCAGUGUACAAGGGUGAACUGCCUGAUGGUACUGUAAUUGCUGUGAAGCAACUCUCGUCUGGAUCAAGGCAAGGAAAUCGUGAGUUUUUGAAUGAGAUUGGCAUGAUUUCUUGUUUACAGCACCAGAACCUUGUGAAGCUAUACGGAUGCUGUAUUGAAGGCGAUCAGUUGCUGGUGGUGUAUGAGUACAUGGAAAACAAUAGCCUAGCACACGCUUUGUUCGAGUCAAAUGGAAGAAGUCAAAUGAUACUAAACUGGGCAACAAGGUUCCAGAUCUGCAUCGGAAUUGCAAAAGGGUUAGCUUUCCUCCACGACGAAUCAAGGCUGAAAAUUGUCCAUCGAGACAUCAAAGCCACUAAUGUGCUGCUGGAUAGCGCUCUGAAUCCUAAAAUAUCUGAUUUUGGAUUGGCUCGUCUUAAUGAAGACGAGAAGACGCACAUUAGCACAAAAGUUGCUGGAACGAUAGGAUAUAUGGCGCCUGAAUAUGCACUGUGGGGUUAUCUAACCGACAAAGCAGAUGUCUACAGCUUCGGAGUCGUGCUUCUGGAAAUAGUCAGCGGGAAAAGCAACAACAACUACAUGCCUAGUCACAAUUUCGUCUGCCUUCUGGAUUGGGCGAGCCACUUGAACGAGAGCAAGCACAUUGAUGAACUCAUUGAUCCGAGAUUGGAUGCCAGUGCCAACAGAGAGGAGAUAGAGAUGGUGGUGAAAAUAGCUCUCCUGUGCACGAAUGCAACUCCAUCGGUGAGGCCAACGAUGUCAGAGGUGGUUCUGAUGCUGGAGCGGAAAAUGGAGAUUCCGGUUGUAACGCCCGAGGGGAGCACUUACACUAACGACGUGAGGUUCAAAGCCAUGAAGGACUUUCACCAGGAGAGGCGGAGCUUGAGCAGUGCUACGUGGGGGGAGUCGCCGGUUUCAUCGACGAUACGAACAGGUGUAGCGUACUCUUCAUCCACUUCUGGUUUUAAUGAAAUCAGUAAAGAUAGUAUACCUUAGCUUCAUGAUGAAUGGUUUCUGUACAUUUUUCAUGCUGUAAAUAAACAACUAGGUUAAUAUUUA